AUGAAUCUCAAUAUCUUUCGCAUCUUGGGCGAUGUCUCGCACACGGCCUCAAAAUGCAUUCUCAUCUGGGCUAUUCACUCCAAUAAGAGCGCUGAAGGCGUUUCACUCCUUACACAGAUCCUCUAUAUUGCAGUCUUCUGCACUCGCUAUCUAGACCUCUUUUGGGUAUCGCCGACUGUAUCCUGGUGGAAUUUUGUGCUCAAGAAUUUCUAUAUCUGGUCGUCCAUAUACAUCAUUGUGUUGAUGACCAGGGUGUAUGCCAGGACACGCGAGCAAGAGAAGGCCUGGAAAUGGGGCGCAUACGCAGCCGGCGCAUCACUGAUUGCGGCACCUUUGAUCUCACUGAUCUUCAACGGUUGGACACGCAGUACCUUUAGCGAAGUGCUCUGGACAUUCUCCAUCAUUCUCGAAUCUGUCUGUGUCCUUCCACAGCUUAUCCUCCUGCGCCAAACGACUGUACCAACCGUGAUUGACUCGUUCUAUUUGGUUACCUUGGGUUCCUACCGAGCAUUCUACCUUCUCAACUGGAUCUACCGUGCAUUUACUCCCUCGAAACCAGAUGCAGUUUCGGUUAUCUUCGGUAUUGUCCAAACGGCAUUCUAUGUGGACUUUGCGUGGGUAUACUGGACGAGACAAAGAGUCAAGCUGAGAGGCGGCGGCGUUGUGGAUGCAGAAGAUCUGAGAAAAGGAUGGCUGGUCAACCGCGUGUUCAAGCAAGGCCAAGAACCGACAGAGGAAGAUGAAGCGGAAGCAGGAAAUAGAGAGCCAAAUGGGAAUGUCCAGCCCAAAGUCAAUCGCUGGGGCCCACGUGGCAUAUCCAUUUCGGCCGACGAUACAUUGCACGAGCAUGAUAAGGGAAAGAGAGCCGUAAAGAGCGGUGAUAGCGGUGAUACUGAAGCAGAUCCCAUGCUUGCUUCAGGCUCAUUCCAACCGGACCCGGAAUCAUUUGAGUUUGCCGAUGAUGAUGACGACGAUGCUCCUCAGCUGGAUGACCCUGGCAAUAAAGUGCUGAACAGCAACGAAGAAUGGCGUGCUAGUUCACCUUCGAACAAGUGA